CGGAAAGACAAGACUUUUGCGGGAUGCGAUCUUGCGGCAGACACGACAUGCUCAGGGCAACAGUUUUGAAUGACAACCCACAGCUGGUCCCGCAUUCGGAGCAGACACUCUUUGGGCUCAAGUUUCGACCCUGAUCCAUUUUUGGACUGCUGGUUCUUGAGGAUGCCAAGCCAGAACCCAUUCCCAUGGCUGCCUCGACGAUGGGUGAAUUUGCUGUUCCCCUGGGUGCGUUGGAGCUUGAUGUGGUUCUACUCAGUGACACAUGCUUUGCGCUUUCCGUUGCGCUUGGCGUUGGGUGCGCCCUCCGCCGACCCAGCCCAAGCUCUUGCUUGUGGCUGGUGCCACAGCGUUAACAUUGGCCGUGGACUUCCAAAACGGAACGUGAAGGAGGCCUUGGUGACUCCAAUGGGUUUGCUGGGAGAUUCGCAGACUGCUCCCUACAUUGCAGUUUGGGGAGGCCACGCGGGCUUCAACAAAGCUGUGAUGUUGUGGAGCAACGAGGUGAUCCAAUCCAUCAAUGACACUGGUGCAUCCUUCUUCCCUGGGGCUAGCGGUGAGCAGAUCACCUUGCGUGGCGUGGAUUGGAGCCUCGUGAAGACGGGUGUGAGGCUGUCAGUGGGUGAUCUUCUUCUAGAAGUGACCUACAUGAAAGGACCGUGUAAAAAUAUGGACCGCUACUUUCCAUCGCCCAGUGACAAGAGCAAGAUUGAUCCCAAAAAGAACCCUGACUCGGCACGAGUCUUUGCCAAGGUCUUGAAGCCGGGACGAGUGAGAGUGGAUGAUCCAGUACUUCUUUUCGAACAUCCUGCAGGGAAGCAGCCUUUGCAGAUUGCUUGUUAGGCUGCUCGGAUGUUCUCGUUGUGAUGUUUUGCGAGGGCAAAGCACCGCAGCUCCAUGGCCGCAGAACAACUUUUGUGACCAAGUUCCAAGGCAACAACUUGCCUGGAAAAGCUGAGAAUCAGGGGAAAACGUACAGCAAAUCCCUGACGUCAGCCUGACAGCCUUUCUAUGUACAGUAGAUCUAUCCUAGCUUCAAAGACAAAAUAGACUGAAAUCUAUCACUUGCC